AUGGGUUCCAUAUCUUGGGAUGAACAUCAUCAAUAUGCCGGUACUCAUCCCUGGUGGAAAGCCGCAUCCUUUUAUCAAGUCUACCCAGCCAGCUUCAAAGACUCCAACGGCGACGGUUGGGGGGACUUGCCUGGUCUCAUUUCUCAAUUGGACUAUUUGAGCGAUCUGGGUAUUGACGUUGUCUGGGUCUCUCCCAUUUUCGAAAGUCCCCAAAAGGACAUGGGAUAUGACGUGUCAGAUUAUCAGAAGAUUUACGAACCAUACGGAAGUGUUGAAGAUGUCGACACUCUUAUUGACCAAUGUCAUGCAAAAGGGCUCAAGAUCAUACUCGAUCUUGUCGUGAAUCACACAUCUGUUGAACACGAGUGGUUCAAAGAGUCAAGAUCCUCAAAGGAUAACCCGAAAAGAGAAUGGUACAUCUGGCAACCUGCACGCUAUGAUACAAAUGGUGUGCGCCAGCCUCCCACAAAUUGGAGGGGGUACUUUGCAUGCUCUACAUGGACAUGGGAUGAGCAUACACAAGAAUAUUACCUUCAUCUGUACGACCCAGACCAACCGGAUCUGAACUGGGACAACGAAGAGUGCCGUGAAGCGAUUUAUGACAACACAAUGCGUUUCUGGCUUGAUCGAGGCGUUGACGGGUUCCGAAUCGACACAGUCAACAAGUAUUCUAAGAGGAAGGACUUUGUCGAUGCGCCUGUGACGGAUCCUUCGUCGCCCCAUCAACCGGCACCUGAGAUGUGGUGCAACGGACCAAGGAUUCAUGAAUUCAUUCAUGAAAUGAACGAGAAGGUACUCAGACCGUACAGUGCUGUGUCUGUGGGUGAACUUUCGAAUACACCUCAUCCAUCGCAGGUCAUACCUUAUGUAUCUGCGGCAGCGAAAGAAUUGGACAUGGUGUUCGAAUUCUCCAUGAUCAGACUCGGCAACGGUAACGGCUUUGGAGACAAAUAUAUCUAUCAAGAUUUCCCGCUGUCAAAGCUAAAGUCGUUUGUGGAAAGGUGGCAGAGUUUCAUCGAGGGAACAGACGCCUGGACAACGGUAUUCUGCGAGAACCACGACAACGGAAGAGCAGUCGAUCGUUUCGGCGAUACUUCAUCACCAGAAUGGUGGCUGAAAUCUGCAAAGACCAUAGCGAUGUGGCAAGCUACUCUCACAGGUACAUUGUUUCUCUACCAAGGCCAAGAAAUAGGCAUGACCAAUAUGCCACGCUCCUGGGGAAUUGAAGAGUACAAGGACAUUGAAAGUAGCAACUUUUUUGCCGAGGCUGUGGAAUCUGGUAAUGAGAAGAGAGUCAAGGACACGAUGCACGGACUCCAGAUCAUGGCGCGUGACCAUUCGCGGAUCCCAUUCCAGUGGGAUGAUUCCCCAAAUGGAGGAUUUACGAGCGCACAGGCCAAACCGUGGAUGAAGGUCCAUGAUGAGUACCGCGACAUUAACGUUGCCAGACAACUGAAGGAUCCCGAUUCUAUCUUGAGCUUUUAUAAAGAGAUGCUGCGAUUGCGCAAGCGGUACCAAGAUAUUUUUGUCUUUGGCUCAUUCAAACUUAUGGAUCCGGAAGAUGAGUUUCUAUUCGUUUAUCUCAAAGAAAGUGUCCUUCCAAUCAAGGGUGGCCAGGGACAGAAGAGGAAAGUCUUGAUUGUGUUAAACAUGAGUCAAGAAGAACGUCCCUGUCCCGAUGUCUACACUUAUCUCAAGUGUUCAGCAAAUGAAGUCAAGUUGCUUUUAAGCACGACGGACAGUUUCACAGAUAUUCAGAAGACGACGCUUGCUGGCUGGGAAGGCAGACUCUACGUAAACUUUAAUAUAGAAUGA